UGAGAUCUUUACAAGCAUGUGUCCGUCUGUCUACGGGUCUGUCGGUCGGUCGGUUGGUUGUUGGGUCAGUCUCUGUGCGUGAGGUUUGUGGUAGGACGUCUCCCUCCUCUGUUUAGUAGGCAAUAUCAUUGGGCAAUUUUUUCACACGUUUGUACGUUGCCAUCCAUAAUUUGAAGUUUUUCUUCUUUGGAUGGAUGAAUUUGACGCAGAUUUGAAAUCGGGUCAAAUGUGUUGUAAAAUUCUAUCGGGAAAACUCGACUGAUUAAUUGAGCAGAGCAUGAUGAUAUUUGAAUAAUUAUUGUAAUGCCUGCUUGCCUGGGUGAAUACCGUGAUAGUGAUAAUAAUAAUAAUAACAAUAAUCACCAUAAUAAUGCCAACAACAAAAACAAACAGAAUAAUGAUAAACGCUAUAUAAAGUUCGACUAAUCGGUUCAACAUGGUAUUAUACCUUUCAAGAGUUGAACAUUAUUAAAGUUUUUUCCUCGUUUUACUCAUAGUUAACGUGAGGUCUGGUUCUUUCACGAUACUGCAGCCGCUAUAUAGUCUUACGCGUUGACGCAUAUCCUUCUUUUAUUCAACACAUCGAAUAUAGAAAUUUUCAUCUUGCUCAAGUUUCAUUGUCAGUGUCCAGCUGACCGCGUUCAAGCUAGGAGAUUUAUUUUUACUCAGUGAAUAAUGAUGCAUGAAAAAAUAAACAACGUGAACUGCAGCAGCGUCGUGGACAUGUGGGGUAGAAAAUCGGUGAUACUGAUCAUCUGCAGCUUUCUCCUAACAUUAUGUUGCGAGGGGAUCUCCGCCCAAGACAAACUAAGAUUAUGCGUAGUAGGAGGGUUGCGCGGUAGUAAGGUACAAAAAAAUUGCCCAAAAUUAGAUCAACCCGAAAGUAGAGUAAAAUGUGUGAUGGGAAAUGAUAGGUUUGAUUGUCUACGAAAAGUCGCCGAAGAAAGUAGCGACUUAACUGUUUUGGGACCGGAAGAUUUAGUCGCCGCUGCAGCAUGGACCGAAUUCAAGGUCUUAGUCACAAAUGAAUUGAGAUUAUUCCCUGAUGAGAAAAGCCAAUAUCAAGUAACAGCCUUAAUGCGAAACAGUGCUGGAAUACAAAGCUUGUCGGAUGUGAAAGGGAAAAGACUUUGUCAUCCCGGUUACGAAUCCACAAACGAUUGGACACCAGCGUUAGCUACUUAUUUUGAAAAUAUUCUUAUUGAAAAAGAAUGUGAUCCCAACAAGACUUUAAUCGAAAAUCAAGUCGCGGCAGCAUCUAAAUAUUUUGAAGCGGCUUGUAUGGCUGGUCCUUGGACGACAGAUACAAAGCUGGAUAGUAGAUUAAAGUCGCAGUACAGGAACCUUUGCGCUCUUUGCGAUAAUCCGGCUGGAUGUUAUUCAAAUGACAAAUAUCAUGGACCAGAAGGUGCGGUACUCUGCCUCACUGAUAAUGCUGGUGAUAUUGCUUGGGUCCGAGUGGCAAUGGCACAGGAACAUUUCAGAUCUCAAGGGAUAAAUAAAGAAGAGUACAGCUACUUAUGUCCCGAUGGAUCGACACGAUCUAUGCCAACAGAAGAGCCAUGUGUUUGGGUGUCAAAACCUUGGCCUGUCGUUGUUGCAAAUAGGAAGAAAAAUGAGGCAGUUUCAGUUCUUAUGAGUUCCCUGGAUACUCAGAAUGUACCAUGGCAUGGUGCUUUAGUGAGACUUCUGGAAAACUAUCAUUUGACAGCUAUUAAUCCUGACAAUUUGGGAACACCAGAUGACUAUUUGCAACGAGUACCUGGGUUUCUGAGUGCUAAUAGUCGUGCGCCUUGUAAGCCAUCGCGAACAAUUCAGUGGUGUGUAUCAUCAAAUGUGGAACAACGAAAAUGUUUGUGGCUCCAUCAAGCUUUGUUUGUUUACGGGGUUGAGCCAAGGGUGGCUUGCACACCAAAAACUAACAGAAUUAAAUGCCUGGAUGCAGUUAGAGAACAACAGGCGGAUUUGUUCGUUAUAACACCAGAUGAAGAAGUAAUAGCUAGGCAAAAAGGACUGAAACGCGUGGUACAUGUAUUUACGAAUAAAAAAGAAGAUAUUAACAAAAUAGCAGCAGUGGUAAAAAAAAAUUCAAACAUCAAAAAUCUGCAACAGCUUAGAGGAAAAAAGGCUUGUUUCACUGGAUAUCGUAGUAUUGGGUGGAACGCGUUUGUAUCAAUAAUGCGAAAUAUUUCUGGCACUGACUGGGAGCUCUCUGAUGCAAGAGCAGUGUCCAACUUUUUUGAAGAAAGCUGUGUAUUGGGAUUGACUAAGGAUAAUGACACUAUGCCAGCAAAUCUGUAUUCUCUAUGCACAGACGCUGGUAGAUACGGAGAUGAAACAAGUGCCUUCAGGUGUCUGGCUGAGGGAGGUGGAGAUGUAGCAUUUAUCAGUUUAGAUACCAUAAAAAAAAAUACUGGAUCCCAAAAUCAAAGAGUUUGGGCUCAUGGCUUAACAGAGGAUGCAUUUAAACCACUCUGUUUCAACGAUUCAAAUCUAGAUACCUGUUUUCUCACAUGGACAACACUUGGUUCGGUAAUGGUGCAUGAAAACAUCUCUAUGGUGAGGUUUGAGGAAAUAUAUUCCACAUUACUUGAAAUGGAUCAACUGUUUGGCCAGACUUAUAAAGGAACAACACCAGCUUUUUUGUUGUAUGGAAGUUAUGAUGAAAAUCACAGUAUUAUCUUUCCAGAACAGACUCAACAUCUGCAAGGUGAUAUUAGUCAUAUCAGGCUAGGACGAAAUUAUGAAACCAUUGUAAAUGAUCUGAUUAAAAAUCCACCGCAUAAUGGUGCCAGAGGGUCGAUUUCUACCUCUUGCCAAUUAUUUAUAAUGUGUAUUACUGUAAGUAUCAUGAGUCGAUUUAUGAACUUGCUAUGAUACAAUGCAUUACUUUAUACUCCACGUAUGUCUGCACUGUUACAAAGAUAGAUGUCGAAAAAAAAAACAAAAAAAUGGACAAAAAAAUCAAUAAAGAUCAUAGUGAUCAUUUACCUUAA